CCGAGCCGGGGCGAAAACAAACACCCUGGCCCCGGGAAUCCUGGCCCCCACUCUGCUUUGUCGGGCGACGAGGGCUAUGCACGUACAACGAUCCUGACCAUGGACCAUGAUACCGUGUUCGCACCCGCCACCGCGAACAUAAUCGUGGGAUUGUUUUGUCGGAGUAGGUCUCACGAUCAACGGCAUGGUUAUGCACAUUUUGUUUCAGUCGAAGGUCCGCAUAUAUGAGUGUAUAUCUGUGCCGCUCCCACAUAGGUCUCUUUUUUCCCCUGCCUUUUCAGCCUCACGGGCUCCCUCCCGGUCCGUGGGCCGGGGCCAUCAGAGCAAACACCGCUCGGGAUGAGAAGCGGGUCCUGUGGAAAAAGCGUGGGGGCGUCCAGGGCUCGUAUCCCCGCAGGCGUGGAGCUCCCUCCACGGCUCCCAUGGUCAGUGGAUGUUGAUGGACCUUGGGGCGGCAGUGCUGGUCCACGGCGUAGUGACCCAGGGUCGUGCAGAUGCCUAUCAGUGGGUGACCAGCUACCGGCUGGAGCUGUACCUCGAUCGGCCGCCAGCACGGCUCACGGCAUGGAGCAGGGUCCCCGGCAACGUCGACCACAACACGAGGGUGCAUGGGGUGCUGCGACACCCGAGGCUGGCGCGCUACGUCCUCGUCAGGCCCCUCACGUGGAUGGGGCACAUGUCCAUGAGGGCCGCGGUCCUCACCUGCGCAGACGCCGCGGCCACGGCCGCGGCGAGAGAGGAUCCGUGGCAGCGCAGGGAGGCCCUGAUACGAGGCCACCCCAUGUUCGGCCGCACGAUCCUCCGAGACGAGCUGCCGAAGCUGAUGCGCCCCGCCGCGUCGGGUGCUCCGCGCCAGGCCGGCGGGCUCAGCGUGGCCUACCUCAUCCAAGGAGAGGAGGACACCUCCGAUAAGGAAGCGGCGAUGUGGAGCGCCAGCUCCGACGCGUACGUGCUCACCUUCAGGACGCGGCGCUGGGACGCGCUCUUCUUCCCGAACUCGCUGCCAAUGGAGGGAC